UUAUAUAUUGUAGAACCAUUAAACGUGAUCUCGCAAGAAGAAGAUGAUUCAUUAAUAAUUUAGAACGUAAUUUAGAACGUUUUAACAACUGAGACUUUACUGUGUGGACUAACAUCAAGAUUAAUAUAAAAAAAUUGGACAAAUAUACUUGGUGAUAAAUGUGACGAUGUGGAAUAUUUUAUGAAUGAACUUCCGUGGCUGCUGAGAGCAAAAAGUAUCGAAUUGAAAAUAUCGAAGAAUUCGAGGACAAUGUUCCCAUGUGUGUGUGUGUGUAUACAUGAAUACACAUUCCGGUAACAUAUGCAGAGAGAUACGUUCAACAUGUGCGUAAAAGCGCGUAAAAGCGAUCCCCGUAAAAGUUAAGCACUCAUUUUGAAGAACCCAUUCGAAAGAAGAUGGCACUUUUCCGAGAACUGUUACAUCGAGAGAACGACUGACGUGAAGUGACCCAACGAAAUUUUAUAAUAAAAUUCUAAAAAGAAUAAAAAGAGAAACUUGGAGCAUUUCCGAAGUUGCAGUGCAAUGAAAUUAUAAUAUUUUCACUUCUUGGAUGCCUUCCUCAUCGAAUAUCUCCGGUUUCAUGGUAGUAUCCUCGAAACAUCAAUGAUUCUCGUAAACGAUAAUGAUAUUUCAAGUGAAUGAUAUUUUAUGAAAAUUUGUAAUACUAGUUCUAAAGUUGGAAGCCAUUCGUGCUAAUCGUUAGUGGUUGUCGCAUUAUCGAUCACAGUAAAAUAUUAAGGAAUAUUAAAAAUAUUAGCAUAGUUUUCGAUGAAAAUUAAAUGAAAGUCACUCGGAUUCAAGGGCAAGGAAAUGAUAAACGAUUACCGAAGAAAAUUGUCGUUGAGGGCACGAGACGACGACGACAUCCGGAACUGAUAAACUUACCGAGUCGAUUAGAUAAAAAUAUGGCCGCUUGCCAUUCGACACCUGCGGUGCAACGCCUGCAGUUGCAGGAGUCAACUCGGAUCGGUUACGGUGCGAUCAACAACAUAAGUGCUUCGAGUCAAAAGACUCUUCAGCAAUCGACCUACCCGCCUCUAUUCAAUUGGUUCUACCUGGCCAUUACUGAACAAAACCCGUCGCAACCACCCGAUCAGAGCAAGCUACUUCCUGCGAUCUGGAGCAAUUUUCCCGGUACGACGUCGCAGACUUAUUCACAUCAAAACGCGUUGAAUCAGUCUGGAUCCGUCAGACCCAUGAGAGAUAGCGGGACGGAAAGUAUCGCGGAUUUAGCGGUACACUUUAACGAGUUAACAGUAGGCGACCGGAAACCGGCGAAGAAACCGCCGUCAACGUACCUGUGUCAUUUGUGCUUCAAGAAAGGACACUACAUCAAGGAUUGUCCACAGGCACGGCCGAAGGGCGAGGGUCUGACGCCGUAUCAGGGUAAGAAGCGGUGCUUUGGUGAAUACAAAUGUCCCAAGUGCAAGCGCAAAUGGAUGUCGGGCAACAGCUGGGCCAAUAUGGGCCAGGAAUGCAUUAAGUGUCACAUAAACGUGUAUCCUCACAAACAGAGGCCGUUGGAAAAACCCGAUGGUUUAGACGUAUCCGACCAGAGCAAGGUACAUCCUCAGCAUCUCUGCGAGAAAUGUAAGACGUUGGGUUAUUAUUGUAGACGAAGCGCUAUAAUAACUUAACGAAUUCCGUCCAAUUCAUCUCGCUGAUUCAAUUAAUUGCAAGAAAGGGAGGGUUUAAUGAUGAACUAAUGAAAGACAGUUCGAUACACUGGAACGCAUCGAUACGCAUCGAUGUGAAUCUUAUAGAUAGAGCGUCCAUUUCUGUUCGCGAGAUUAAAUCGAGAGAGUAAAAGAGAAAUAAAAUGAUAUAUUUUUAUGUAUUUUUACAGUUAGAAUUUGUUUUAUUGCAUGGUUUUUGACGACCAAAGACGUGGCGUUUAAUCGCAGCUUUAUAUUUAUAUAUUGAAUUAUAAAUAUAUAUUGAAUAAAUAUAUUAUCUAUAUACGAACAUAAAAUGCACACUCAAGUGAGCAACAGAAUUUUUUGAUUUUUAAUAUUAUUUUGAUAGUUCAAGUAUCCACGCGGAAAAAAGCGUGUGUUGUUCGAGUAAAAAAAAUGAGGGCAUUGUUCUCAGGGAUAUAAUAAAAUGUUCUGACCCUAAGAGCUAAGAAUAAACA